ACUGGCAUCAAGCUUUGGUGAAUGAGACAUUUUAGGAUCCUCCACAGGUAAAGCCAAGGACUCAUCCAUCCAAAGUAACUACAUACUCUGACGAAAGAUGGCCCACAGACCCACUCUUAACCUGCUGCUGCUGCUGCUGGGCCUAUCGCAGGCCAGUGGAAAUGAGGUCCAUGAUGAGCCGGACCAUGUGUCCAUCACUUCAGCGAUCCUGGAGUCCAACAACGGAACCAAUGAGCUGCUGCUGGAAGGAGACAUUCUGGCUCCUAGAACCAGGAACGCCAUGAAGUGCUUUAGCAGCCAGUACAGCUGUCUCUGGAAGAAGUCAACCGACAGCUUGGUGUAUGUGCCUUACAUCCUCAGCGCUGUAUAUUCCAGCUUGGAGGUAGAGACUAUUGAGACGGCCAUGAAGUACUUCCAUGGCAAGACCUGCAUCCGCUUCAUCCCACGUCGGAGACAGACUGCCUACCUGGACAUUCAGAGCAGUGGCGGGUGUUUUGGUACCAUGGGGACUGUUGGGGACAGGCAGACAUUGUCUCUUGCACAGUUUGGCUGUGUUCAACAUGGUAUCAUCCAGCAUGAGCUGCUUCACUCCCUGGGCUUCCACCACGAGCACAACAGGAGUGACCGUGACCAGUAUAUCAGGAUCAACUGGCAAUACAUCUAUAACUACGCCGUCGAGAACUUCCAGAAGCAGGACACCAACAACCUGAAUACUGCAUACGACUACUCCUCUGUCAUGCACUAUGAUAGAACCGCUUACACUAACAACUACGGAAAGGAAACCAUCACUCCCAUCCCAGACCCAUCUGUGGCCAUCGGACAGAGACAGGGCAUGUCUGACAUUGAUGUCCUGAGGGUCAACAAGCUCUACCAAUGCUAAGAGAAAGAGCGCCGUUGUUGAAAAUGUGUGAUGCUGGAUAUGCUGUCAUGUGCUGACGUAUUUUAUUGUCAGAGGAUUGUAUGUUUGUGUUUAUCCUUUUAAUCACAUUGGUAAUAAUAAAGCAUGAUUAUGGUAAAAAAAA